AUGAAUGGUUACUACAAUCUCAUUUCGCCUGACACGUAUGAUCUUGAAGGUUUCAUCAGGACUGGUGAUAUAGGAUACUAUGAUGAAGACGAAUACAUUUAUAUUACUGAUCGAUGCAAAGAAAUGCUCAAAUAUAAAUCAUUUCCAGUAAGUCCCUCUUCCAUAGAAGACGUUUUAUCUCGUCAUCCGGCUGUUAAGCACGGUGUUGUUAUUGGCGUUCCCCACGAAGUAGACGGAGAUCAUCCGAUUGCUUUAGUUGUACUCAAAGACGGCGUAGAAAUUGAUCCGGCAGAAAUUAAAAAAUUCGUCGACGACAAAGUUGAUGAUCGCAAGAGGCUAAGGGGAGGUGUAAAAAUUAUUAAAGAUAUGCCUUUAAGUCCUACAGGCAAACCAGACCGAAGGCUUUUAAAAAAUAUGGUUUUAAACGGAGGGCUGUAA